ACAGAGAAGCAGAAAGAGCAAGAAUGGAGGAGUAUGAAAGAGAAAUGAAGGAGAUGAAGGACAGAAUUAACAGGAGACCAUUAUUGUUUGAACAGGAAUCUCAGGUAAAUGCUAAAAAGAAGGCAGAGAAGAAAUUUAAUGCCACUUUGAGAAGUGUUGGCCUUGAUGAAGAAUUUGUUCAGAGUCGAGGCUCUAGGUCAGCAAGCGUUCAUGAUUACACUGAUGAUUAUGAUGAUGAUGAUUUUGAGGAUACUGCAAUGAAGCGCCAGGACGACACCUACACAAAGCGACGCACAUCUGAUGGUUCUCUCUCACCUGUUGAAAGUUGAAAAGACUUGAGUUGUAUUUGAUUAGUUCAGAAUGUACUAGUUCAGUUACUGGCAUUUCAUGGUAUUUUAAGUGUACAUGUUUAAGAGAACAACACAUCAAGUCACAUAUGUUUCUUUAAAGUAGAAGAUAUAGACAUUUUACUUCCUUAGUUGUUAUUUAUAAACUAGAUUCAUUCAAAUCUUUGAAAAAAAAUGUUUAUAUUUUGUGGUUUUUAAGUUCUGUUAUUAAAUUGGUGUAACAAUUUACUCAUUUGACCAUUUGAUUAGACUAUAUUCAUAUGUGGAAUGAACAUCCGUAAAGUGAUAUUUCUAACUCAAGUUUUACAUAUGGCAGCAGUCCCAUCAUAUAUUGAAAUGUUGUUCUCCAGAAUAAAAGGGUACAAAUAAACUACAUAAUUGCAUUUUUCUGUCAGUGAGACAUAUUGUUUACUUGAACAAUUACAGCAGAGUACUUCAUGUUUUGUCAUUCACAAUUGUUUAUUUUUAUACAUUAAAAUUGACAUGUUUUAUCAUAAUUUGCAUUGAAUUCAGUUACUGAAAGCUGAAAAAGUUAUGAGUUAGUAAUUUAUUUGAUGU